ACAGAUUUCCCGGUUGCUGGUCUCCUGGGGCGAGUGGGCGGGAAGGGCCGCGCCUCCGGGCCGCGCCUCCAGCCCGCGCGCGGUGGGAGCUCGGCCGCGGGCUCCCGCGCUACGGCCGGGUCGUCCAGGGUCGCGGCGGGAGGGGCGGGCUUCGCCGCCAGACGGGGCUCUCCCGCAGGUUCUGGCCCCCUGUUCCUACCCCGCAUUUAUUGUCCUCCCAGCGUCCGCGCACGCGGUCAUUCCUUGAGCCGCUGGGGCAGCGCUGUUUUAGGCGUUGCAAGUACAGCUGCGAGCGCAGUGGCCAGAAAUCCCUGCCCUCGGGAGCCCGCCCAGUGCAGUGAGGGAGAGACCGACCCUACAUAACGACGCAGAACCGGUGACUUACCGGGCUGGGAAGUGGGCGGUGCUGCUGGAGAAAACAGAGGAAAGGUAACGCCAGGUAGGCGUCGGGAUCGGAAGGAGCGAGCAGGUGGCAGCGUUCGUAGGGCGCCUAGAGCCGAUCUUGGGAAGAUGACAGACAAGCACACACUUGGAAGCGAGGUCGUGUGCCCUGAGAAUUGCUGGCGGUGGAGGGACGGCCGGUGCAAAAGCCCUAAGGGGGGAGAGAAAGGUCUGUGUGAGUGAGCACGGUGGGACGAGGAGGAGCGCAGGAGGAGCGGCGCUCGGCGCGUCUGUAGACUUUAUGCCACGUAAGACCAGCUUUUAUUCUGAGUACGUGAGAGAGGUGGUCAGAAGGAACGGGCACGUGUGUCCGCCCUGUUCCGAGUAAGCUGGAGACGGGAGGUUGUAAGCAGAGAUGAAAUGACCCAGUUUAGGUUUCAAGCACACCACUCUGACCGCUGUAUUGGUAAGAGGUGGAAGGGAAGGAUAGACGCAGGGAGACCAGUUAGUAAGAUUGGGGAGCAAGGCGCGCGAUGGCGGCUUGGACCAGGAUGGUAGCUGUGGAGGUCAUAUUCCAGAUACGUAACAUUUCCAGUUUGCCUUCCUGUGCUCCCUCUUUUCCCACAGAUAAUCCCCAGUGAUUGCUUCUUUUUGCUGUGUUCAUGGUCCUCUCUUCCCUUUUCAUGGAAUAUUCAGGAAAACAAGGUGUGAGACCACAGCUAGCUCAAUAGUGCUGAUGAAGCCCAAAUCCAGGGCAUUGUGUGACACAUCAGGCCAAACAGCAGCUGCCCUGUGGGUCAUCAGGGGCGCUUUGGCUGGCAUCCCCCAGGCCACUUCCAAAUUUGUUGUCUGGGCAAAGCCAGAACUGACUCUGGGAGUUUGACCCAAGCAGCAGGGAAGAAUCUGGACUGCGGUGGAAGACUAAAGAAAGCUGGGUAAAAAGAUGUGGCAGGCAGUGGUGUCACAUGAGAGUCCAGGCCCACCACGCCAGCUGCCUGGGACCCCUGAUGCUGAGCUCCUGCAGGAAAGAGCUCUGCCAACCCCUCAGCAUCCUGCCUUUGGCAGAGAGGGAAGCCAAGGAGACCAGCCCGGAGCAAAGAGCACACCGAUGAGCCAGGCCCGGGACUCGGUGACGUUUGAGGACGUGGCCGUGCACUUCAGUAGUGGAGAGUGGCAGUGUCUGACCCGCGCUCAGCGGCACCUCUAUGCAGACGUCAUGUUGGAGAACUACGGGAACGUGAUCUCGGUCGGCUUUGCGGUCCCUAAGCCUCCUCUGAUCUCCCAUCUGGAGCAAGGGAACGAGCCCUGCGUUCAGGAUCUGCAGGACGGGGGGUUCCUGAGCUGCUCCUUCCCAGUAUCAGUGGACAGGACCUGGCCGGGGACUGAGAAGGCAAGUUCAGAACAGGAGGUGUUUGAGAGCGGGGAAGUCUGCUGGGUCCACGUCAAAAGUCUCCUGAAAGUCCUGUCCCACGAUCCUGAGGCUGGAGGAGCUCGUGCCCAGGAUGUCAAGUUAGGGAAUCCACGGGACGCGCCCGGGAUGGAGACGCUGGGAGGGGAGCAGGUGACCUGCAACGAAGGAAAGGCCCCAGAGGUCCUCAGAAAAAACUUCAAUCCAGGCGCGAAGCGUAUUCCGUAUACCGGAGUCCUUCCAGAACGGAAACCGCACAGCGGGGCCGAACGUGGCAAGAGCUUCAGUUGGCAUGCGGACCUGCUUCUGCACGAGCGCGUGCGUGCUGGCGAGCAGCCCCGUGUGUGCCUCGAGUGCGGGAAAGCGUUCAAGACCAGCAGCCAGCUUUCGGUGCACCGCAUCAGCCACACGGGGGAGAAGCCCUUCCGCUGCGCGCAGUGCGGGAAGGCCUUCGGCAGCCCGUCCGCGCUCUGCCGCCACAGGAAGGCGCACGGCGGGGAGAAGCCGCACGGCUGCGGCGCGUGCGGGAAGGCCUUCGAGAGCAGGAGCCGGCUCCGUCUGCACCAGCUGGUCCACAGCGGGGAGAGGCCGCACGAGUGCGCCGUCUGCGGGAAGGCCUUCCCGCUCAAGCAUUGCCUCACGCUGCACAGCCGCACGCACAGCGGGGAGCGGCCCUACGCGUGCGGGGAGUGCGGCAGGGCCUUCCGCGGGAGCUCGGACCUCCGCAAGCACGCGAGGACGCACAGCGGCGAGCGGCCGUACGCGUGCGGGGAGUGCGGCAGGGCCUUCAGCCGCAGCUCGGACCUGCGCAAGCACGCGCGGGCGCACGCGCGGGCGCGAGGCGGGGGCUGCCCGCAGUGCGGCCAAGCCUUCGGCAGCCGGGCGGAGCUCAGCCGGCACCGCAGGACGCACGCGCCCGAGAAGCCCUACGCGUGCGGCGAGUGCGGGCGCGCCUUCCGGCACCAGUGCAAGCGCCGGGCGCACGAGCGCGCGCACCGCGGGGAGAGGCCGCACCCGUGCGCGCACUGCGGGAAGACCUUCCAGGACCGGCACUGCCUCGCCGUCCACCAGCGCGUGCACACGGGCGAGAAGCCGUUCGCCUGCGCGCAGUGUGGGAGAGCCUUCCGCGGGAAGUCCAACCUGACCAACCACCAGAGAAUCCACACCGGCGAGAAGCCGUACGCGUGCGAGGCGUGCGGGAAGGCCUUUCAUCACAGCUCGGGCCUGACGCAGCACAGACGCAUCCACAGCGGGGAGAAGCCCUACAGCUGCGGCGAGUGCGGCACGUCCUUCCGCCAGCGCGCAGCUCUCGUCGGGCACCGGCGGGUUCACACGGGGGAGAAACCCUACGAGUGUGAGCAGUGUGGAAAAGCUUUCAGAGUGAGCGCAAACCUCACGGGACAUAAGAAAAGAAGACACAGAGGAUGGAGAGCCCACGCGCGUGAUGAGGGUGGGAAGGCCCUCUCCCCAGGACCUGUCCGACCUUCCCAGUAGUCGCUGUUUGACCGGCAACCCCUGGGGAAGCCGUUCUGUGUUUGCACUUUCCCGUUUCUCCUUCUGCUCCGGAGCCUGGUUCUUCGCGGCUUGCUGGCCCCCGACCGAGCUCCCCAGAGCCUGACCAUGACCUACCUGACCUUGUAGCGGGCACGUUCGCUUCCAAUCAGGAAUGCCAGUCAGUAAUAAUAAUAUCGAAUACUUCUUAGUGCUUGCCGCAUGCCGGCCACUCUUCUAACGACUUCGUUAUUUUAAUUCAUUUAAUCCAUAAAACAUCCCUACAGGAUGAGGAAAUUAAGGCAUAAAAAGAUGAAACGUGCUGAGGAUCACUUAGCUAGUAAGUUCUGCAGAAAUACCCCCAGAGGCUCAGGCCUGCACCUUUCCCAUAGCCUGCAACACAUCCCUUAGAUGUGAGGCCACAACUCAGUUCAGCACCGAGCAUGUUUUAGUUGAUAAAAUACUGAUCAUGUUUAGCAAGGUUUUUGUUUUGUUUUAACUUAAAGACUGAAUGGAACUUUUCCAUGUGGGAUCGGGAUUUCUGAGAUCGGGAUGGGAAAGGAAGGCUUAGUGGAGAGUCUGCUGGAGAAUCUCUCUCUCCCUCCUCUCCCUCCUCCCCUCCUCUCCCUCUUCUCUCUCUCCUCUCUCUCCCUCUCUAAAAAAAAAAAAAAUUUAAUCCUAGAAGAAGAUGCAAAUGUGUCAACCUAAUUAACAUAAUGACCAUAAUUGAGAAUUAAAUUUAGUUCUAAGUUCCUUGGUUGGUAAAAAAAAAAAAAAGAGAGAGAGAGAGAUGAGCAAUGGGUUAUCCCAACAUUUCUCAAAGGUGUUUUACAAGUUAAGGCUUUUAAAAUAAUGACUUUAGGAAAUGUUAGCUAGGUGGGUUUUUUAAAUUCCCUUAAAGACUUAUCAGUUUAUAAUACGCUAAUCUAAAUCUUAAAGGAGCAAUAAAAA